UCAGGGUUUAGGAGAAGCAGGAUUUGAAUUCUUGUUUCCAGAAACAAAGUCGUGCAUGCCCCCCCGCCUGCAUCCCUCCCCUCCAUUCCUUUGCCCCUAGUUCUGGAAGCUGAGGAGAGAAUGUCUCAGUGCUCUUUCCCUCUGGCCUUGCGAUCACCUCCUUGCAGUGGGACUCGGGGCGUGUGAGAGGGAGUGAGAGCCAGCGGAGGGCCAGCUGCCUGUGGGGCCUGACGUUGCAAGAGCUGUUCCUUCAGGCAAAGGCAGAAAACAUGCCCAUUUUGCAGAUGAGGAAAUUGGGACUCAGAGAUGCCAGAGUUGCCCACAUUUCCUGAUCUUCUUGGUUGGAUCACUGAGGCUCAGAAGCAGAACUGAGGACGGAAUCCACUCACCUGAUUCUCGAUUUAGGGCUGUUUUCAUUGUUCUACUGGGCACUCGUUGGAGGGGAAGAUACUGUUUCCUCAAUUGACACUACUGUUGCCGUUUGCUGAACCUUGUGUCCUCUGACCACUCCCAGAGCUAUUAUCUGAGGGAGCUUUGCCUCUGGCUGAGGAGACACAUCUUCAGUGGGAGCUCUAACACUUGCUGGGCCAGGACACUUUCAACAUUAAAGAUUCUAAAAAUGUCUCAUCCCUCUUGGCUGCCACCCAAAAGCACCGGGGAGCCCCUCGGCCAUGUGCCUGCGCGGAUGGAGACCACCCAUUCCUUUGGGACCCCCAGCAUUUCAGUCUCCACACAACAGCCACCAAAAAAAUUUGCACCAGUGGUUGCUCCAAAGCCAAAGUACAACCCAUACAAGCAACCUGGAGGUGAAGGUGACUUUCUUCCACCCCCACCCCCACCCCUGGAUGAUCCCGGUGCUCUUCCGUCUGGCUCUGGAAACUUCCCUCCUCCACCACCACUUGACGAAGGUGCUUUCAGGGCACAGGGAAAUCCUGGAGGCAAGACCCUUGAGGAGAGACGCUCCAGCCUGGAUGCAGAGAUUGACUCACUGACUAGCAUCUUGGCUGACCUUGAGAGCAGCUCCCCCUACAAGCCUCGGCCUCCCCAGGGUUCUACUGGUGUUACAGCCUCUCCUCCAGUCUCCACCCCUGUCACAGGACACAAGAGAAUGGUCAUACCAAACCAGCCCCCACUAACAGCAACCAAAAAGUCGACCCUGAAACCACAGCCUGCCCCUCAGGCUGGACCCAUCCCCGUGACUCCGAUUGGAACACUGAAACCCCAGCCUCAGCCCGUCCCAGCCUCCUACACUACGGCAUCCACCCCGUCGAGGCCUACCUUCAAUGUGCAGGUGAAGUCAGCCCAGCCCAGCUCGCAUUACAUGGCUGCCCCUUCACCAGGACAGUUUUAUGGCCCGGGGCCAGGGCACCAGAGCUAUAACACUCAACCAGUGCCUGUGACUGGGCAGUGUCCACCUCCUCCAACACGGGGAGGCAUGGAUUACACAUAUAUUCCACCACCAGGACUUCAGCCUGAGCCUGGGUAUGGGUAUGGUCCUAACCAAGGGCGCUAUUAUGAAGCCUAUUGCCCAGUGGGGCCUGCGUAUGGGGGCAAAAAUGAUUCUGAUCCUGCCUAUGGUCAACAAGGUCACCCCAAUGCCUGGAAGCGGGAACAAGGGUACACUCCCUCUGGGCCAGGAAACCAGCACCCUGCUGGCAUGUAUCCGGUUGCUGGUCCCAAGAAGACAUAUAUCACAGAUCCUGUUCCAGCCCCCUCUGCCCCACCACUGCAACCAAAGGGUGGACAAACAGGGUCAAAGGGACCUCCAGCUGCUCCUCCCUCAUUCCGCCCAGAAGAUGAGCUGGAGCACCUGACCAAGAAGAUGCUGUAUGACAUGGAAAAUCCACCUGCUGAUGAAUACUUUGGCCGCUGUGCUCGCUGUGGGGAAAAUGUGGUUGGGGAAGGCACAGGAUGCACUGCCAUGGACCAGGUCUUCCACGUGGACUGCUUCACGUGCAUCGUCUGCAGCAACAAGCUCCGAGGGCAGCCCUUCUAUGCUGUGGAGAAGAAAGCCUACUGUGAGCCCUGCUACAUUAACACCCUGGAGCAGUGCAGCGUGUGCUCCAAGCCCAUCAUGGAGCGGAUUCUCCGAGCCACCGGUAAGGCCUAUCAUCCUCACUGCUUUACCUGUGUGAUGUGCCACCGCAGCCUGGAUGGGAUCCCAUUCACCGUGGACGCUGGCGGCCUCAUCCACUGCAUCGAGGACUUCCACAAGAAAUUUGCCCCCCGGUGUUCUGUAUGCAAGGAGCCUAUCAUGCCAGCCCCGGGCCAGGAGGAGACUGUCCGGAUUGUGGCUCUGGACCGCGACUUCCAUGUUCACUGCUACCGCUGUGAGGAUUGUGGCGGUCUCCUGUCUGAAGGUGACAACCAAGGCUGCUACCCUUUGGAUGGGCACAUCCUCUGCAAGACCUGCAACUCUGCCCGCAUCAGAGUGUUGACCGCCAAGGCUAGCACUGACCUUUGAGGUCAGUGGCCCGUUCAGCUGGUUAGUGGGUGGCGCGGAGAAGAGUGAAACACACACACAAAAGAAGAAGAAGAAAAGCAAUAGAAAAAUAGAAGAAAGGCAAUCAAGCUAUGGAAUGAUCUCUAUUCUUCAUGUAGUAGUAACCUUUCUGUAAAAACACAUAGAUUAUGAGAUUUCUCUUUAAGUUCUUAACCAACUACACAUUUCACAUUUAAUUAUGUAGGACGUUGAUGGGCCUUUGUUCCCAAGGACUUCCACAUUUUUGCACGGAUUAUGCCCCAUCCCAUUCACUUCUGCAUUCCCGUAACUUUUAAGCCCUGUUUGUCUCACUUUUCAUCUGGUUGAAUGGCUUGUUUAGUGUGGUAUUUGCUGUCACGCGGAUUUUCCUGAGUGAAUCAGCCAGUUCACAGGUGCUUUUAGGCUUGACGUCCCCUCCAUCCUAUCAGGUCCACGUUGCCUGUGAUCACAAAGGGUAGCCAUUCUUUCUUUGUGUAUUGAAAGGUAUAUCUUUCUGUGGUUCUAAACUGGUCAUGUUCCUUGGAAAAAAUGCACAAUUUAUAUGUUAGGCUAUAAAGAAUUUAAGCUGUAAAUUACAUAGUUUAAAACAAGCCCAAAUUUGUAACCACCCAAAUUCAAAAUCUAUAGUGACCAGUGGGAAAGGGUUAAUUUGGAAAACAGAUGUUAGUGAGAGAGAUCCAAACUUCAAUCUUUUUUUUAAAGAACUUGCAGGUGGGAUAUGCUGAGAAAGCACUGAGGGUGUUAUGUUUGAGAAGCCCAUUUUUAUCCCACGAUAUUACCUUAAGAUUUCCCUUCUCCAUGCUGCUGGACACAGUACAAACUUGGUUGUCUCUAAAACAUAAAGUUGUUCUAUAUUGCCCAGUUUUAAUAUCAGAAUUGUUGAUUUUUUUCUAAAAUUCAAACAUGAGUACCAAAACUGACUUUUUCUCUAGUGAAAGAUAGCUUUAAAGAGCAGUGAAUUCCCCUGCCCCCGGCCCAGGUCUUUUUCACCUGAUAAUUGCAAAUCAGGGCCCAUAAAAAAAUGUAGUGUUUAGUUUACUUUAAAAAGACAGAAAAACUUGAAAAGAUUGUGAAACUACAGUUUCAUUAUUUUCUUACUCUUUCUGCAACUUAAAAUACAUAUUAUAGGAGACAUUGUCCUGUCAUUGAUGUGACAUUUAUGCCACACUUUCAAAGACAAUCACAGAAAAAAGUCCCUUUUCUGAAUUAAAAAUAUACAUAAUUUCUGCCUAGAAUCUUUAUUCAAACUCUGUUGGGCAGUGAAAUGAAUGUCUGCCAACUGCAGAACCAUAAUUCAUUAGGUUCCAACAUCUUUCUUUUAAGGAGAAACACCUGCCUUAAUAACGGUGUUUUGUUAAACUAAUUAAGAAUUUUGGAUUGAGAUUUCUUAAACCUUUCUUCAAAUGUUCCACACAUAUAUGCUUUUAAAUUAUGAAAUAUUUUAAAUAUGCACAAAAGUAUAAAUAAUAAUAUAAUGAAUUUCUAUCUAUGUAACACCUAGUUUAAAAAAGCAAAUAUAACAAAUAUAGUUACAUUCCCCUGUAUAUCCUUCCUUGGUUCCACAAAUAUAUUUUUCAGUCAGUUUUUUAGACUAAUUUUUAUUUUUAUUUUUAUUUUUUAACAUCUAGAACAGAAAUGAAAAAACAUUUGGGCAUGUUUUGAAUUGCAACUCUUGCCUCAGGAAUUCCAAUGAAAUUUAUUUUACUUUAGUAAAAAUAAUCAUAAAAAUGGUUCUAUUUUUUCAAUAAGAAAUUCUUAAGUCUGUGGUCACUAUUGCUCAUCAAAAUUAAUUGUGGCUCAUUUGCUUUGGUCACCAAACAGUAUCAUUUUAGAACCAGCAAAGUUGUAGUUUUGAAAGUGUUUUUGUUUUUUGUUGUUUUUUUUUACCACUAUCCUUUUCUUACCUUAGUAGUCUUAUCUCUGAUCUGAAGUUUCUCAUAAUGUGAAACACAAUCAGAUUCACUUCGGGCAGCAUGUGCAUUAUAGGGUACAAGGGCGAUUGUGCCUCUGAACUUCUGUCUUCUAAAUUAAAGGCCAGACCAUGCUGAUCACCUCACAAAGCACUGACUGUGAGACAGUUGGGGAGAGAAUAUACUCUGAAUUGCUUCAGUAACUUUAUUUUGUAUGAAAUGCUUGGGAAAAACUGUUUUUAAGCCGAAAGCAAAGAGCCCAAUUUAUCGAGAGGUGAAUUUUAUCUCUUGAAUAGCAGUCAUAUUAUUAUAAAUUUUGCUGAAAAAGGAAAAAUUUAUGAAAUAUUUAUACUAUGAAAUGCAAUAACAUUCUACUUGUUUGUUACAUUUAAGUCCUUAUGUAACUGAAUGUUUACAAGCCAAAAAAAAAAAAAAGCAAGUUAUAAGAAAAUACUGCCACAAGCCCAUCACUGUGGCAUUGCCAGAAUACUACUUGCUUACAGUCUUUAUAGUACAUUUUUAUCACAACCUCAGAGUAUCUUUACCAAAGAUUUUUAAAGUAAAUCUUUUUAAAUAUAGACUUACUAUACUUUUAUAUAAUAAUGAAUGUGCACACAUACAUAUGCAGAAAUAUUUAGAUUUAGGUUUUUUUUUUCUUUCACAAGGUAUAAUAAGGAAAGGAUCCUACAAUAUUUUAUUCCAGGAUUUCUUAAAUAUAUGACUUAUAUUGCUUUCUUGUCUUUUCUAUUAAUCAUUUGGCUUAAACAAUGCCAAAUCACUCUUUGUUAUUUUAGUUACAUGAACUGUUGCCUAUCACAGAGAUUUAAAGAUCGUAUUACCUUAAUGAUUUAUUAUUCUAUUAUCUUUUGAUAUAUUGUCUUAAUUGAUGACAUUUAAAUUCAUAAAUAAUGGGAAAAAAUCAUACAGUCUAUUACAGAAGUUAGUAAAAAUAUACUGGUUUUAAAAAUUGUCAAGAACACAAACACUUAGUGAUUCUGUGUAACAGGAGAGACACGGAAAAGGGAAAAUCACCCGCUCCGCCAUGGGCUCUGCAGACCAUUUCAACGCCAGAGUCCUUCAUCGCCCGGAUCCCCAGCUCAUGCUGACUCCAUGUGGUGUCUAAUGUGCAAACAAAAUUGCCUUUAAAAUUUAAAAAUAAGUCCUGUGUUCCAGCAUAAGGUGUCAAGGGCUUUGAGAUGCUGGAAAUCUCUGCAGCUCAAACAUGUGGGUUCUUGUUCUUGUUGACAAAUUAUUUCUGUAGGAGCAAAUUCCCUGGUCAAAAUUCCCUCAUUGAGUAUAUGCUGAUUGAUGUAGUGGAAUUCCUAACACUUGUAAUUGUUUUCUCUCUAUGAAAGAUCCUUUAGAGAUGCUUGUGGUGAUGUUUAAAGUCUAUAAAACUCUACAUCUAGACAAGUAUUUUCAUCGGGGUUCAGAGGAAGAAAGAGAACACUUCUGUGGGGCUAUCAUAGAUAGGGCUUUGUGGAAUACAGAAAGGACUCUGAAAACACAUCUUCUAACAGUUUUCCUAGUUAGUAAAAAUCCUAUUAAUGUGAACCAGCCAGGAAUAACAGUGUUAUUUCUAUUUGAUACAGUUUGGGUGUCUCUUGUCAAAUCUGUGUCAGCUGCCCCUUGAUGCCUCUGUUUUCAAGUUUUGAAGGGUGUUGGGGAAAUUCUGGCAGCUGCUAGGGAGAUCAGGGAAGAACUGAUGUAACCUCACAGCCUCUCACCAUUCCUCUUGGCUUGGAAAGGCUUUUUCUCCAUAUACAUUUCUAGAAAUAUUGCUAUACUACCUUAGGAUUUCACAUUUGUAGUUUAAACAAGCGAUUGUCCAUCUGUUGCCUCAAGCUACAGUACAUGUGUGUUACGAAAUAUGACAGCAUGUUCUAUACCCUGCUUUAGCCAUCUGUGGAAAACCAGGAGACUGAAAAAGAUAUACCUCUGUGAAAUGUUCCUCGAGUCCCUCUCCUGAGAUUGCUCUUUUGGUGCACUUUUGUGGGAGACAAUCAGAGAGCAACAUACACGUGUGCCUUAUUGUCAAAGACUCUUUGCACUACUAGGAGUUCUCCACUGAAGCAUCUAGAGCUUAAAUACUAAUCCUGAAAGCCCAAAGAUACACUCACCAGCAAAACCCAGAGAGGUCUUAACUUUUCAUCUUAAGCUUUUCUAAUAGUAUUUCUUUUCUCCAUUAUGUCUUGGAAGUACCUUAGAGAUUCUUAAAAUUGAGGAAACAUUCUUAAUGGCCACAAGGUGAUGUAUUGGAUGUUGUUAUUGAUUAUUUGGUCUUACUCUGGCUUUAGUCAGAUAAUGAAGACAGGACUUCACGUUGAACCUGUAACAGCCAUUCAGCAUAUCUACUUUUUAAAAUUGCCAUAAUUUUUUGGUUUGUUUGUUGUUGUUGUUUUCAUUUAAUAGUGGACAGAACAAGUUUAGAAUCCUAGUUCUAAGUUAUUACAGGGCAACCGUGAACAUUUGAGGUCAAGUUAUCUACUUAACAGGUAACUAUACUGAAUUUUUUCUCCUGAGGCUGUUGUUUGGUUAGCAUACAAUUUUAAACCUUUAAAAGAUUAUCUGGUUAAAGCUAUGCAACUUGGUAAGAAUUCUUAAUCUCUCUCCCUUCCUCUUUUUCUCCCUCCUCUUUUUUCCUUCCUUCUUUCUUGCUUUCUUUCUUCCCUCCUUUUCAUUGUACCUAUUAAUGCUAUCCUGCUUCAGCUUUUCAUAAAUAAAUCAAUGCAUUAUAGUCCUUAUGGUGUUAUGAUCAUAAUAAGGGAAGAAGGCUCCCACAAAAUACAUGUGGCAUCCAUAAACCCUUUCUUUCUAGGAUAUAUUUCCCAGAUCGUGUUUAUUUCUAAAAUGAGAUGAGAUAAUAGAGUCUUUGGGUUUUAUUUUAAUAAGAGUUCAUCAGGGAUUCAGAUCCUAGAGUUCUUGGUAAAUUCAUUUAUGACUGCCCUCGUUUUCUCAGCUAAAUGGAAAGUGAUCUUUCUGAGACUCAGGUUUUCAGGGUUUUUUUUUUAAUCCAAAGCAUUUUUUACUAACAAAACAAUGAUAUUUUUUAGUGGUGGCAUGUUAUUUUACUCCACUGAAACUUGGUAAUUUUUAUUAUGGCAAGGAAAAACUAUUGUCUAUCUGGAAUUUUUAUACAUAUCAGCAUUUUGCCCAUGACAGUGAUAUUAAAUCUUAGUAUUUUAUAAAAGCAACCUAAGAACAAGUCUGGGUCUCUCACUGAAGGACUUUGUUAAAACUUAGGUCUGAAAUUCUUUUGAACUCUGGCUAAUACUGAUAAAAAUAUGCAUGUGCCCUCUGUGUCCUUUUGUUUGUUUGUUGGGAAAAAGCUUAUAAUUCUAGGACUGUGUCUCCAUUUUUGUUCCUUAUCCUCACUUUCAUCCUCUACAGGUUUUCACAAGGUUGACACUGAUUUUCCUUUUGGAAAGGAAUCACAUAGGUGGACAGUAAAACAUAAUAACAAUAUAGAAUACUUAAUUCAAUACAUAAAUGAAAUUGCCAAGAAUUAAGAAAAAGUCCCAGUGAGUAUUUCAUUUUAAUAUAUAGGCAGAGUAGUUUUUGUUUGUUUGUUUGUUUGUUUGUUAACCUGUAUUCAGGUGGAGUGGGAUUCAGCAGCAGAAGGGGAAAUUUUAGAGGAGAGACAGUCUGCAAUUAAAACUAUGGCAACACACGGUUCUUGUGUAGUGUGACUGAGAAUUUUCAUAAGGGCUUUAGGGAGCAGCAAUCACUAUUGUGUAAGGAGAUAAAAUAUAUAUAUUUCCAAGUUAAUGAGAUAUUUAAAAGGCACUAUGGCUAACAAUCUAUUUUUCCUCUGUCAGAAAAAAGUAAAAUGACAGCUGCUGCCGGGUUCUGUGCCUGGCCACAACUACACUAGAAAUUUGAUAAUACCUGACCUCUUAUCCCCUCGGAGAGUGGGGCAUAGCUCGCCUCUUUCUGGGAGAUGAUGAUGCAUAUUCUGACAUGUUUUUAGAUAAACUACACUACACCCUAAGCAUCUCUGCAGGUUAGAGAUUUCUGUAUUCAUACAGUGAUUUAUUUGUUUCCAAUGUACUUACUUGGUGAGCGCAAGUACUAGUUUUUUGAUCUUCUGUUCAGAUCUCUUUUCUAUGUCAUGCCUAAUAACCACACUAUGGUGGAUUGUACCUCUUUUCUCUUUUUAGCUGCAAACAGAAAAUUAAAUAUCAAAUGGCAUAUUUUCCCUUCAAUACUGAAAGGACAGACACAUUCCUUUCUCUAUUUUACUUUCCUGGCUCUUGUUCCAAAAAGUUGUGGCUUUAUUUUAGUUGUCCAACAAGCAAGUGGCUGAUUUUGGGGAAAGUUGUGUGGAAGAUGCAUUUUUAUGAAACUCAGUGACAUUUCCCCCUUGAUGUUACCAAAAAAUCACUAAAAUCUCUGCUCUUUGUUUCUGAUUAGCAUACAGAAGUCUCCAACAACUCUAAUAGAACUGGCUCUAGAGCUGAGCAAAACAAGUCUAAUGUCUAAAUAUUUGCCUCUCAGUCAUAUAUUAAUAAUUCUUUCAAUUUUCCCUUGUUUAUUGACAGGAUGUCAAGGCCAAUUAAAUUUCUGCUUUUUCUCUGAACUGUUGGACCCCAAAAUGUUUUCUAAUAUUAUUUCAAUCUAUUGGGUGAAAUGUAGCAAUAGCUUUGGUUCAAGCUAGGUUAAAAUAUUUUUUUUCAGGAUUGAAAGUAAAUUGAAUUUGAAUCACCCAAAGGAAACUGAUAUUAAAUGUGGAAAUUUCCCUCAGGGACUCAAACCCAGGAGAGAGAAUGCUAGAGGAGGGCAGAUGUGCACACAACUUUAUGUGUCGUACUGGUUUUGAUGUUGCCAACAUCAAAGUCAUGCUGAAAAUAAGAAGUAAGUUAAUACAUAUGCCAUGCCUGACACUCCCACUUCUGGUAAAUGUUCAUAAAGUCUCCUCAACCCUUUUUUUCCUGGAUUCUUGAUAGAUUCAGCAUAAACAUUUACUGGCUAAUUCAUUUUGAGAUUCACUUUCAUUCUUCUCUGUUCAAAUGCUUAUAUGCAGAGAUGCUGUGAUUUAGACCAAGUGAACAGCUUUUCUACACCAUCAGUUAGGAACUAUCCUUAGGGGGCCAUAUUUUCUCUUUACACUUGUCUUUCUAACAUCUUUAUACCUUACUCAUUUCUUUAAUUUAAUAAUCACUGUAAGGGAAUCAGCCCCCAAGUAACUUUGAUUCAGGCCAACUGCAGUACGAUCAAACAGGUUCCCCUGGUGCUCCAUCAGAAGAACUGUAGUGUAAGGAAGAGUAAUUCUUCCCAGUGGCAUCAGUAAAGCUUCGUGAAGUAGUAAAAUCUGGUAAGAAUCUUGAAUUGAUGCAUUGACUUACUUAGAAUUGAGGGAAGACUGACUAGUCAGGGCACCAGAAACAACAGGAAAGCAGAGGCUGCAUUUAGGCAAGACCCUCUGUUUAAGUACCGCAGAUUCUGGAACUUCCUUACCAAGAGAAAGAGCUUCUAGAUAGGCAGGUUCGGUGGGAAGGAAAAGGCAUAGAGGAAGCCUAAUUCAAUUUUAUUUGCUUUUUCAUUUUUUCAUAAUUGAAAAAUAGGAUGGCCAAAAUGUAAUGCAACACAUACAGUAUGAAAAACAAGCCUUUUUAUAACAUUCUCACUGUACAGUCUUAGCGGCUCAAAGGUACAUACUUCACUCUUGCAGCAAACACACUUUGUCUUUUGAUCUCCCACCAGAGAAUGAGCAAGGCACCUCUAUUUUCCUGUUGCUUCUAGGUCUAUAAUUAGAAAGGACUCCAUAGUCACCUAUUCCAUUGUGUUGAAAUUCCCUUACAGAUUAAUGGCUAGCAAUAAUACAGACUCUGCUUAAGCAUCACCUACACCAAAUAGCUCAUCACUUCUUAAGGUCUUCCAUUUCCACUGUCACACUUUGUUCUGAGUUCUCCCCUCCCCCCAACCAUCACAGCACCUACCUUUGUGGCUGAUGUUCUCCUUGGUGCCACACAAAACUCAUCUUUAGUACAAAAUUAAAUGUUGCUUCAUCCCUCCAUUUUUACUUAAAAUGUAUUUUUUGCUUUUGGCAGCAUGUUGCUUUUAAAAUAACAUCUGAAUUUUAGCUGAAAAUUAUAAAAACCUUCUUUAAAAAAUUUUAAAACUAGUGAAGGCUCUUAUGAAGGUCAGGUUUAGAGUUUAUGAGUUUUUUAUUGUUUUCUUUCCUUCUUUAUUCAAAUGACAAAUGGUUCUGUCAGUUGCUAUAUAGCUUUAUGCCUUUCCCCAGUAACUAUCCCAGGAACUGUACAUCUAGUUACUUGGUCUGCUGAUAAAUAUUGGGAAAUGUCAGUGUGUGAUCUCUAUUUCUAACAAGGCAAAAGUCAAAAGCAAAAGACAGUGGUUCUGUUAAAACUCAUUACUUCUGGUUGGGCAAAAGGCAAUCAUUCUUGGAGAAAGAAGACAUAUGUUAUGGUUUUAUGUAGAAAGGUAUAAAUUCUUUUCUUACUGCUCUGGAUUACUAGUUUCCAUAGUACUGUCUGGCCUCGGGGAGGACAAGGCCUGCAGCUUCUUCUGGCCCAGUCUGGAACCAGAGAGCCAUAUGGGCAGAACGUGUCAUCAGUCUCCUGGGCAGGACCUGGGGUGGCUUUCUGAGGUCUAAACUAAUAAUUCCUAAGAGAGCUUACAAACUUCUUUCACACAUAAAGCAUCCCUGGGAGGAUGGUUAUUAAUAGCCGAAUCCUAGAAGAAAAAGAUGAGGCUCAGAAUUGUUAAGUGACUUGCUAAGAGUGAUACAGCUGGUAAGGGGCAUAUUUGGGGACGUACUCAGUCUUACAAGUCCAGCAGUCUCUUCUGUGGCCACUCUCAGCACAGAAUACCAGAGCACAAUGUAUGCUUCUCGCAGACGGAAGUACCCCCCAUUCUAUGGCAUCCGAGGAAAUUGCAUCGGCCGUUUAGCUGUUGGGGCAAACCCACAUGUGCACUGUUGGCGACCACAGAGCUGGCAUGCUCAAUGGGACAACUUGUGGAAAAGGACUAGGUGUUGUGUCUGAUCAGUGCUGUGAUGAAGUCAACAAGGAAGGGCCACCGUGAGGAACAAACAAGUGUGGCACUGAGGCACACUGCAGCAAAUUUCCCCAGAGACCCUUGGUUUACUGAAAAACUCUGUGGAACUGUGAGGUUCAGAAUAUCAACAGAGUUCCUAUCAUUUAGAAUUCAGUGCAGUGCAUGGGUGACUUUAUCCUUAAGACAAGUGUCUGUCCUGUGGACUGCAGUGUAAGCCCCACGGAGGGAGAAACUGCAGUAGGUAAACAGUGCAUAUUACUGUCUCUCUCAGUUCACAUUGAUCUGAGGCUCACCAAGUGUGUGUUAAUGCAUCAGGAAUUUCCCAACCAGCCAGACAACCCAUGACCUUUGAAUGUCCGUGAACAAAUACUAUAGGACUGAUUACCAUUCUGAGAUUUGGCCUUUGCCAUUGGAUAGACUGGGCUCCCUGGGCUGUUGUAACUUUAUGAUUCGUAUGUACCUAUCACAGGAUUCUGGUACUGUGCAUUUCCAGGACACUCACUGGGAAGCCUCUGUGUUACUGUAGAAGCUGCUGUACACAGCGAGUCAACCACUGGCCAUUCUUUCUCUUGACCUUCAUCCCUCAGGAAGCUCUGCCUUUUGGUGUGUGCUCUUGGCUUUUUAUUUCAUCCCAUUUCUUUCUUAUAGUUAUUUGGCUUUUGGUUAAAAUCUGUGACUCUGAUUGAAAAUAAUUCUUUCUUCAUCUGAGUUAAAUCUACUGCAGGAAACCUUUAAAAUUUGCUUUCUAGGCAUUUUUCCUCCCCAGAGUUUAUCAUCCAUCAAGCCAGUCUCAUCAUCUGUCUGCUUAUUCCCAGGGAUUAGUAAGGGCCAAGCUGAGUAACAAGCAGCCUCUCACCUCUGUCCAGUCUUCACACCUGGGAAAUGCAGGAGGGACCAGCCCAGCCAGAAGAGUGGUAACCUUGGCUGAGAUGACAACAGUCAGAGUCUGGAAAGGAGCCUCAUUUUCUGUGAGGUUUGAUAAAUGUUAUGGCUGAUGGAUUGGAAAACAGUUCUUGUAGAGUAGAUGGAGCACCCCCACCUAGGAGUGGAUUAAUAGGAGAAGCAUCCUGAGGACUUUGCAAAGUUAUCCAAGUGAGUACACCUGAGUAGAGACUCACUUGGGUAGAACCUGUGACAUCUUAGUAGGGGACAUAGCAGGACAGUGAGGCAGUAAACACAAAAAAGCAGCCCUUAAAAAAUACAUAAAAGAAGCCACAUGCUCUGCUUUAUCUUUACAUAAUAUAAAGAAAAUUAUUAAUACAACUGUUCUUCCUCCUUUCUACACAAUAUAGUCUUUCAUAUUUAGGGGAAAUAUAAUUGUGUUGUCUUUAAAACACACACCCUUGUGUGUGUAUGCACACAUGCCCACACUCAUCCACACACACACACA